AUGUAUUACGAUGCUAUGGUCGCACAGAAGUCGCCAUCCAAUAAUUUAUUGCUCUCCAACUAUUUGAUUUUUACGGUAUUAGGUACCGUUGGUUUGCUAACACUAAUUAUAUUAACUGUCUGUAUUUCAAAACGGCGAAGAUUUUCGUAUCAAGGUGUCUUAAUACAAUCACAAAAAACAGCUGUCGCUCUUAAAUAUGGUAAUGUCAAAGGACCAUGUGGCUUGAAAAAUUCACCUUCUUUAUUGUCACCAAUUUCGUCUUCGGACAGUUCAAAUUCAAGCCCAAUAACUUCUCUUCCACCAUCGACCGCAUCAUCUCAAACUUUCAAUAAAAUUUCUCCAUCGGAACUUGGGCAACAACGAGGAUACAUCUGCUUCAGUUUACAGUAUUGUCCGGAUUCAUCUGCCCUUCAGGUGAAAUUUUAUAAUAAUAAUAAUAUUUAUUAUUCUUUGCUUGUGAAUGCAGCUUAUCAAGCUAUAUAA